UGAUCACACGAGAAAAGAAAUAAUUGUCUUGCUAUUGCUGGCAGCCUGUGUGAAUGCCAGUCUUAUUCGUCUCAACGACAACUGUUUGUAAGUAAGUUGUGGGUCGACAACGAGCAUGGCGUCUUCGGCGGCAGAAUCUGGUGCCGCCGGCCCAGGCAGUAACGAUCAGGAAGAACGAGCAAAAUUGCAGUUUGGAACUCGAGCGGUGACCAGACGGAAUCCUCCACCGGAUCAACCUCCACUGGUCUCGCCCAUCUAUGCUUCUUCCGUGUUCUGUCCAAGAAACUUUGAAGACGCGCAGUUAGUGCAGACUGGGGCCGGUUAUCUUUAUAGUCGGUGGGAAAACCCCACCACCAACCUGGUGGCAGACGCCAUUGCUGAGCUGGAAGGUGCCGACGGUGGUUGUCUGAUGUACGCGUCCGGUAUGUCUGCCAUCUCCUCCGCACUGCUGACGUUUCUACGCAAAGGAGAUCAUGUGGUUGCUCCAGACCUAUGCUAUGCAGCGUGUAUGUCGUAUUUCACCGAGAUGUGUCCCCGUAUCGGUGUGGAGGUCACACUCGUCAAGCCGUGCUGUAUUGACGAGUAUCGCAAGGCUAUCAAACCAAACACAGUGUUGCUCUACGGAGAGACAUUGACCAACCCGUCGGUGGAGAUGUUGGACUUGGAGGAGCUUGGCAAGUUGUCCAACGAAACCGGACGUCAUAUUCGCACCAUGAUCGACAGCACGUUUGCAUCGCCCUACUGCGUUCAGCCGAUACGGCACGGCAUUGAUAUCGUAUUGCACAGCUGCACGAAGUACCUGGGUGGUCAUAGUGACUUGACGGCCGGCUGUGCGUGUUUCCGUAACCAUGACGAUAAGCACGCCAUGCUGCAGAUGAGAAAGAUGCUGGGUGGAAUCAUGUCUCCGUUUGAAGCGUUCUUGCUGCACCGAGCGGUGAAGACGCUGCAUGUCCGUAUGGCUCAGCACUGCACCAACGCCAUGACCGUUGCGCAAUACCUGCAGUCUCAGGACAAGAUAGAGUGUGUGUAUUACCCAGGUCUGGACUCACAUCCGCAACACGUCACCGCCAAGAAACACGUCCUGAAUGAAUCCUACGGUGGAAUGGUCUCGUUUGUGCUCAAGGGUGGCUACGAGGCAGCCAAGACAUUUGUUCUGAGCCUGAAUUUGAUCAUCUUCGCCGUGUCUUUGGGAGGUGUUGAGUCGCUGGUUGAACAUCCUGCGUCCAUGACACAUGACCCGGAAGCUAUGUCCCUGCUAGGGGAAGUCCCUGCUACACAGGAAGUGGCUGGUGGUCUGAUUCGAUUCAGUGUUGGUCUGGAGAGUGCUGAUGACCUCAUCAAGGACUUAGAGCAGGCACUGGCCAAGGUCUAGGCAAUGCCACUCCAUUACGUAACUCCCGGACGGCGCUGAGUUGAUGAUAUUCCUCAAUGCCACACCCGAUGCUCCAUGGUGUCAGAGAGGAUUCCCUGAGGCUUCUGUAAGUGCAAGUUAGAGUCGAAGGAGUGCUUUUUUUGUGCUGAUGUUGCCCCGUUUUUACUCUGAACAUUACCGCUCAUUGCUACGACACACCAUUUAAUUUUGUCCCAUUUCCUACUUGCACAGUUUCACUGGGUACAUGUGUGUGUGAGGGGGGGGGGGGCAGAUGCGCUGAAUCAUGCUCUAUUUGGUUGAAGCAGAAUUGAACAGUUGGCUAAGGUACUGCUCCUUGUCUAGCUAGUAAACGUGAAAGCAUGUUUGCUGGCCGACUUUGCCAUCAUAGGUGCUCAAGUCUGUAUUCUUCCUUUUUUUCUCAAUUUUGUUCUUUGCAUUGAUUUUUUUCUUAUCGUAACUCCAGGUUGAGUUACCAUAGUUACUUAGGCCCAUUUAUAGUAUCUCUAUCCACUGUAUAUGUAUUUUGUUUUGAUAGCAAAGGCGUUACUUAUCUUGACUAAAGUAUAGCGUGUAUGCGUGUUUUUUCUCCCACACCCCAGUGUGGCCUAGGAGUUCUACUUUUAAGGACCUCUUCCUUUGCUCCGCAUGCAAAUUCCACCUUAUCUCAUUGCUAUAGCUUUUUAGAGUACCUUUCAAAAAACACUUUCUCAUCGGCUCUACUUUCGAGUCUCUGAUCUGAGGUCAUGAGCAGAGCAAAUGUCUGGUCCACUCA